UGUGCAUUUGCACUUGUCACAGGUCCUCUCUCUUUCUUCCUCCCUUGCUAUCUUUCCAAAUUCCCUUCAAAGGAAUUGUGGGCAAACGAGAUGCAGUUCAAUGGGGCCCUCUCUUGGCCUAAUAUGGUAAUUUAGAUCUCAUAUAACUCAUAUAUCAACAGGAGUAUUUUAAUGAAUGAAUUCAAGAUCAGCUGUGUAGUGUGAAUUUUUUAGAGACCAAAAUUGUUGUUGAUAUUGCUAAUGUUGCUGUUUUUACUGUGGUUGUUAUCUAAUGAGUUGUUUGUUGGCCUUAUUUUGUGUAUUCUGUGCGUGUAUGUGUGUGUGUAUGUCUGGAGGGUGGAUCCCAGGUACUGUGUGGAGGUGUGUAUGUAGACCAGUUCGAAUCCAAGAAAUUUCUGCAAUACUGUGUGCUGUUUUUUAUUUGCUUAUAAAAAGCCAACAAUUUUUAAAAGUUAUUGAACCAUCUUUUACUGCAAGGCAAGUGUUCAGUAAAGUGGAGAGUGUUCUGAAGACAAAAAUAUAUCAGCACAGCUGAGAAGAUAGCUGAAAACCGCAGAUAUUAUCCAUAUCCCUAGUUUCACUUUUAGCUCAAGACUUUGAGUCAUGUAAGGCUAAUGUCAAUCAUUUUGUUACUAUUUGAAUUAAAUUGACUUCUUUCUUAUGCGCUCAGUGUAAGCACUGCCUCGGAAUGAAGCUGUGGCAUAGACUCCCAAUUGGUGAACCUGCGCACCUGGCAGUGUGGCCAGUUUUUUAGGCUGACUCUGUGUGUGUAUGUUUGGUUUGGGGGGAGACAUGUCAACAGUAGAAAGGUUUCUAAAGUCAACGGAGUCACUCGAAUGUCAUCUCCGAGUGCAAAUGCAGCCAGUGCCAAAAAGAUGAGAGACGUCAGACCUUCACCGUCCAAAACUGUGAAGUAUACUGCAACGGUGACAAAGGGAACUGUCACAUACACCAAAGCCAAGAAAGAACUGGUCAAGGAAACCAAACUAAAUCACCACAAACCCAGUUCACCUGUCAACCACACAAUCUCAGGGAAACUAGAAAGUAGCAAUGCAAAAACCCGCAAACAGGUGCUAUCCCUUGGAGCAUCCAAGUCUAACAAUACCGCUGUUAAUGGUGUAAAAGUCAAUGGCAAGUUGAACCAAAAGACAUGCACUAAGGAGGUGGGGAGACAGUUAAGGGAGGGGCUGCGCAAUUCGAAGAGGAGGCUGGAAGAGACUAAUUACAUAGACAAAAUACAGUCGCCCACCAAGAGAAUGAAAGGGGCAGUCAACUUGGCAGAAGCUGCGAGCAAAAAGGCAGUUGUCGAAAAGCCUUUGCUGAAUGGACACCUUAAAAAGGAAGUGCCAGAGAAGAAUUUGGAAAGAAAUAGGCCGAAAAGAGCCACUGCUGGAAAGAGUACGCCAGGGAAACAAGCACAUGGCAAAACUGAAAAUGCCUCCUGUGAAAAUCGUUCUACCUCUCAAGCGGAGUCCUUGCACAAGCCACAAGACUCAAUGGGAAAGCACGAAAAGGGCAGUAGUAAGUCUGGGUGGGGGAUGCUGGGGGAGAUUCCCAUCCUUAGGCCCUCCACCAAGGAAUUUCAUGACCCACUGAUAUACAUUGAGUCAGUCCGAGCUCAGGUAGAGAAGUAUGGGAUGUGCAGGGUGAUUCCUCCUCCAGACUGGAGACCUGAGUGCAAGCUAAACGAUGAAAUGCGGUUUGUGACACAGAUUCAGCACAUACACAAGCUAGGCAGGCGCUGGGGACCCAACGUGCAGCGGCUGGCCUGUAUCAAGAAGCACCUCAAAUCUCAGGGCAUUACCAUGGACGAACUCCCACUCAUAGGAGGCUGUGAGCUCGAUCUGGCCUGCUUUGUCCAGCUGAUCAACGAGAUGGGGGGGAUGCAGCAAGUGACUGACCUCAAGAAAUGGAACAAACUGGCAGACAUGCUACGCAUCCCCAAAACUGCACAGGACAGGCUGGCCAAGCUGCAGGAAGCCUACUGCCAGUACUUGCUCUCCUAUGACUCCCUCUCCCCUGAGGAGCACAAGAAACUGGAGAAGGAGGUCUUGCUGGAAAAAGAAAUCUUGGAGAAGAGGAAAGGACCUUUGGAAGGACAUUCGGAGAAUGCCUACAAGUUCCAUUCCUUGCCCCGGUUUGAGCCCAAAAAUGGACUCAUCAACGGCGUGGUUCACAAAAAUGGCUUCCGCAACAAGUUAAAAGAGGUCGACGUCCCACUGAAGACGGGCAGGCGGCGGCUCUUCGCUCAGGAAAAGGAGACCACAAAGGAUGACGAGGAGGAAGAGGAGGAGGGAGUUCUUAGUGACCUACACAAGUGUAUAUACAAGGGUAGGUCCGUUUCUUUAACAACCUUCUACCGAACAGCAAGAAACAUCAUGAACAUGUGCUUCACAAAGGAGCCUACAGUAGCUGAAGUAGAGCAAGAAUAUUGGCGGUUAGUGGAACAGAAAGAUAGCCAUGUAGCAGUGCAUUGUGGAAAAGUAGAUACCAACACCCAUGGGAGCGGCUUUCCUGUGGGGAAAUCUGAACCAUUUUCUAGGCAUGGGUGGAACCUCACAGUCCUUCCUAAUAAUACAGGAUCCAUCCUGCGACAUCUUGGUGCUGUGCCUGGAGUGACAAUUCCUUGGCUAAAUAUUGGCAUGGUCUUUUCUACCUCAUGCUGGUCUCGAGACCAAAAUCACCUUCCAUACAUUGACUACUUACACACUGGUGCUGAUUGCAUUUGGUAUUGCAUUCCUGCUGCGGAGGAGAACAAACUUGAUGAUGUGGUACAUACCCUGCUGCAAGCCAAUGGCACUCCAGGGCUGGAAAUGCUUGAAAGUAAUGUAAUGAUCUCCCCAGAAAUCUUGUGUAAGGAGGGGAUCAGGGUGCACCGUACUGUACAGCAGAGCGGGCAGUUUGUUGUCUGUUUUCCUGGAUCCUUUGUGUCUAAAGUGUGUUGUGGCUAUAGUGUUUCUGAAACAGUGCACUUUGCUACCACCCAGUGGACAAGUAUGGGUUUUAAAACAGCCAAGGAAAUGAAGAGACGACGUAUAGCCAAACCAUUUUCAAUGGAAAAGUUGCUUUAUCAGAUUGCAACAGCAGAAGCAAAAAAGGAAAAUGGACCGACUCUGAGUACGAUAUCAUCACUUCUUGGAGAGCUCAGGGACACGGAGCUGAGGCAGCGGCGGCAGCUUUACGAGGCAGGUCUCCACUCCUCGGCACGCUAUGGCAGCCAUGACAGCAGCAGCACGGCAGUGGAUGGAAAGAAAAAGCCUCGAAAGUGGUUGCAGUUAGAAACGUCGGAGAGAAGAUGUCAGAUUUGUCAGCACCUGUGCUAUCUGUCCAUGGUUGUACAGGAGAAUGAAAACGUUGUCUUCUGCUUGGAGUGUGCCCUGCGGCAUGUGGAGAAACAGAAGUCUUGUCGGGGACUGAAAAUGAUGUACCGCUAUGAUGAGGAACAAAUAAUCAGUCUGGUCAAUCAAAUCUGUGGAAAAGUAUCUGGUAAAAAUGGCAGCAUUGAGAACUGUAUCAGCAAGCCCACACCAAAAAGAGGACCUCGGAAGAGAGCGACAGUCGACGUGCCAUCAUCCAGGCUUUCAUCCUCCAGUUCAUCCAAAAGUGCUUCAAGUUAAUCCUGAAGAUGCCAACACUCUCAUUUUGUCAAUUUAUAUAUAUUUUUUGUAAUUAUUAUACCAUAGUUUGGAGUACUUGCUGUAGAAUACAAGCUGUCUUUGCACUAGCUCUAAAGAAGAUUUUCUUCUGGUUUUAGAGAACUAAUUUUGUUUUAGCAUUAAACUGUUGGAUUUCUUUUGUUUUUGUACUUAGGAUAGGUAGAUACAGCAGUCUGAUUUUUUUAAACUGCCGUAUGUUCACUGUUUUAAAAGCGGCGAGAGGGGCUGAUCGAUAUUAAUUUGUAUUGACCCUGGGGCUGAGAAAAUAAAGAAGCCUUUCUGGGAACUGGGGGAGGGGGUAAAAAAAACCAACAAAGGCUUUUAACCCAUUUUUGACUAGGUUAAAGUUUUCUAAUUUGUUCUCCGGUCACGCGAGCAGAUUUUUCUAGAGCGAAAAGGGAUGGGAGAGGAAAAAACAAAAACUUGAAAGAAAUUGCUUUACUUUGGCUGUCUUUUAUUCUGUCACAGCAAGUGGAGUUUUGUAAUUUUUUAAAUUGGAGGAUCCACACUUACUUACUUACUUACUUUCUUUGGGAGGUUACGGCAGCUGAAGAAGGACUUUGUUUCCUAACUAACUGUAGGCAAAAGGAGGGGAGUUGGAGUAUGUUCUCUUUUACCAGCACAUCACUAUGCAUCUGUUUGGAGGGGGAAAAUAAUAAAUAAUAAUAAAAAAAUUUAAAAAAAAAUUUAAAAAGAAAAAAGGAGGAAAAAAAAAGACUGCCUGCCUUGAGGAGUCACGUGAGGGAAAACUGUGCCUGAUUUCAUUAGGAAAUCCAUUCUGUUAUUUUUUGGUGCUGUUGGCUACUUUAUCAAAAAAACCCUUCAAUAGCAUCCUUUGGAAAGAAAAAAAACAAAACAAAACAAAAAAAAACAACAGAAAAUAAAAAAAAAGUUUAAAAAAAAAAAAGUUAAAAAAAAAAAGUGAUUGAAGCCAUAAGUGCUUCUUUUGUCAUAGACGUGCAAUCUUUUGAACAUUCCAUUUCCAUUCCACUGCUGUGUUUCACACCCUUCACACCGUUGAGCAUUAAUUUGUUUUGUCUGGGCUUCGUUUCACGAUGCAAUCACGUUUAGAGCCACUAGCAAGUCUGCGUAUUUCUUUUGAAUGUGAAAAAAUGCAUUUGCUUUCAUCUUGUCUCUCUCUUUUUUUUUUUUUUUUCUCUUCGUGUUGUAACAAAAAAACAAACAAAAGAAACAAAAAAAAAAAUCACCCCUUUUGUACAUAUGCCUGUAAAUUUUUUUAAAUACUUGAGCCUUUUCUUGGGGUGGGGGGAGGGGUGGCGAGGAGACGAGAUGAAGAAAAGCCUUACGUUUCACUUUCUUCAUCGGUUGGAUUGGAUGCUUACAGGGUUUUUCUUGUAACAUUUAUAAGUGCUGCUUACAUCACUGAACAACAACAAAAAAUAAUAAUGGAGUAGCUGUUGCCCUUUUCCGGUUGUGUGUACAGUAUGUGUGGAAUAAAAAAGGGAAAAUGUUUUCACAAACUGUUUUGUUUCGUAAUUGAAUUCAACGAUACCGUAGCUACCCCAUAUUGCACUGAGCUUGCCAGUGGUGACUGUCAGGAAAGUCCUAUACUACGAUUUGUUGGUUGUUGUUGCAGAAGACUGAACUGUUUUGGAAUAUUUAACAAUAACAUAAACAGAGUCAAGUGUUUUCAAAUGUGGUUGUCUGGUUUUUAUGGCCUUGCUGUGUACUUUUUUCCCUCUUGACAGUAAACUUCUGACUAUGGCUUACAGUUUGACAUUUAAUUUAUUAGCGCUGCUCUGCUCUCUUUCCUUGUAAGGAAAGACUUCAUGUUGUUUAUUGCCAGUUUUUUGUUUACUUUCCAGGUUUGUACUACGAGGUUUAAUAAAAAAACAAAAAUUUUUUGGA